UCGUCAGAAAUAAUAAGCUACUAACUAUAGAGCUGAAAAUUUAAAACUGAGUUUAUUGUGAAAUAUUAUAAAAAAAAAUGUCGCGGCGGUCAUUUACAACCAAAUUAACUAGUUUUACUGCAGCAGAAGUUCGAAAAGCAGUUCAAACAGACCAAAUCAUCGCAACAAAUAAUUCCUUUUAUUCAUCGUCAAUAUCCUUAAAUGACCUUGUUGAUUCUCUGGAUUUUGAAGAUUUUCUUCAGCAAAAAUCACAAACUUUGAUAGUAAAAGAUCCUUUACGUAACAUUCUCGAAUUUCCAACCAAUGAUGUAAUUAUUGUAUCGACUCCGAGAAAAAUACGUACAGAGAAUUAUGUUCUUCCAGAAGAAUAUGAAAAUAAAAGUGACGACAUUCCGGUUCAAAUUUACAACUGCAUACGAGCAUUCACUAAACCAUGGAAGUACGUGAAAUUUGCUUGUCGUGAUGAUGUCUUACAUGACAAAUAUGGAAAAAAAAUAGAUCCAUUGUCUUAUCAUCAUCAAGAGUAUGAAAUUGAUUCUUGUAUUUCAUUCAUAUCAUCUUUGGAAGAUUCAACAUUGAUGAAUGGGAGCUGCUCGAGUUUAAUAUCAUCAACAGCCACCGAUAAAACUUUAUCCUGCAGAGAUUCAUGGGUUUCUGGAUUUGAGAUCGAGGAAAUUAAUCUUCGAUCAGUUGCUUCUGAUCCGCUUCUACCCAUCUUGGAACGAGUGACAGUGGAAAAAACCGAAAUCGAAAACGAAGACAUAAGGAACAAAAAUCGACUUCAAGAUAUAUUCUCGCUUCAGUUACAUGAGGAAAAUGAUAAAAUUGAACGACGGUUACCUGCAGAGGUUCCAAUGGAACAUAUCGGAAGCCGAAUCUUGAUAAAAUUCCUUGAACUAAAAUUUGACAUAGAGAUCGAACCAAUCUUUUGUUCUGCUGCUGUUUAUGAUUGUAAAGCAAAGAAGAAAAUUUCUGAAAACUUUUAUUUCGAUAUGAAUUCUGAAUCGAUAAAACACAUGCUAAACUCUCAUGUCGCUUAUACAGAUAUCAGUACCACUAGCCGUUCUGCAGCCUUUGAAAUUACUCACCCAUCAAAUGAUCUAUUCUUGGUGAUUCGUUUAGAGAAAGUUUUACAAGGUUCAUCGCAAGACUCCGUCGAACCUUAUUUAAAAGAAUACUCGAACAUAGAAAAAUCAAAGGCAAACGCUCUCUAUUACACAGAACGUUUAGGAAAAUAUCGAGCACCAUUUGGAUUUACUGCAUUAUAUUUGAAUAAAAUUUUUAAGGGUGAUAAUGGAGACGUAGAAAGCUUUCAUUCGACGUCUAUCAGUUCGAAUAGUCUCGAUAGAAAAUCAAGUAGUAAUUUCGAUCAGUUUAAGAAAAAGGCAAGUGAAACUGUAACAUCGAUAUCAAGACGAGGUUCACUCGAAAGACGAGAAAAUCAAACAUCAAGACAAUCUUUUUCUCCAUACGAAGAUUUUUCGAAUCAAAUAGAAAGUUUCAAGCCAAUCUCAAUAACAAUUUCGAGCUUCUUUAAACAGGAGUCUGAGAAAAUGAAAGAUGAAGAUUUAUUCAAGUUUCUUCCGGAACUAAAACGUCCAAAUGGAAUCAUGAAAAAAUACAAAUGCAUUCCAGGAUCUAUAAAAGUUGAAGUUGGUCCAUAUAAUGAUGGAGAUGUAAUUAAUGCUUUAACACCUGAACUGGCUAAAGUAAAACCAUACUGUACAGAAGAAAGAAAUCUACGACCAAUGAAGGAAGUACUCGAGUUUCCUUUACUUCCAAUCUUUAAUCCACAUUAUUCUUAUCGCAAUCUUCUUUACAUCAGCCCAAAAGAGUUAAAUUUCUCAACACGAGCUGGAUCUGCAAGAAAUAUUGCAGUAAAGAUACAAAUAAUGUCUGGUGAACAAUCAAGUGAUGCAUUGAAUAUAAUUUAUGGUAAAAGCUCAUGUCCUCAAUUUCAAUCGGAAAUGUACACAAUUGUCAAUUAUCAUAAUCGUAAUCCAACAUUUUAUGAUGAAGUAAAAGUUCAAUUGCCACCAAAUUUGAAUCAAAACCAUCAUAUACUAUUCACUGUUUUUCAUGUAUCAUGUCGGGCUGACAAAGCAGUUCAACAUGCGACUGAAACUCCAAUCGGAUGGUCAUGGAUUCCACUUUUAAUUGAUGGACGUUUAAACAUCGGAGAAUUUAAUCUUCCGAUACUUCUUCAUGAACCACCUAAGUCAUACUCUUUCAUCACACCUGACGUGAAUUUGCCGGGCACAAAAUGGCUUGAUAAUCAUAAACCGCUUUUUAACGUGACAUUAGACUCUUAUUCGACAGUUUACACAGAGGACUCCUAUAUCUGCAAAUUUUUCUACGUUGUACAAUGUCUUGAGAGUAAAAAGAUUCCACCGCAUAUUGGCUCCGAGAUGAAUAUGGAGAAAGAAUUAAAGAAAUCGAUUCACGACCUCCAAUGUUCCGAUUUGUAUGCUUUAGUAAAGAAUCUUCAGCUUGUUAUGGAUAAGCUCCUAGAAAUGCUUAUUCACACAUACACUAUAGGAAAUCACGUCAUGUCAAUUCAUUCAAAUGUUUUCGAAGCUAUUUGCUUGAUUGCAGACAAACUUUUUAUUCUUCAACAAGACACUCAAGCAUCUUCCUAUGGACGACAAGCAAUUCUAUCUACUUAUGUUCAAUAUCAGGCAACAAUUCUACAUCCCACAGCAAAGAGUUCGUCACUUGAAACUAGUGUUGGUGAUGAUGAAGAUUUAUCAGCUGAUAAAGUUGAGUCAUCAAACAACGAAGUUUGUCGAUUACUUCAUGAGGAAAUUGCUUUACAUUGGGUUGUUGCUAAUAACACUGCAGCUGAAUUAUCAUUGACGAACUCUUGGAUGCUUUUUGAGUUAAUAAUCAAAAGUAUGAUAGAACAUUUAGAUUUUAACAAUACUUUGAAUGCUCCGCGCAAGAAUCGUUUCUCGCGGCAAUUCACUGAUGAUGUUCAAACUCUUGUUCAUAUGAUUGCAACAAAAAUUAUCGGAUACCACAACUCGGAUAAAAAUCUCGCAAUGAGCUUAAACAAUAGUCUAGCUUUCUUCAUAUUCGAUUUGUUUAAUAUUCUCGACCGAGGUUUCGUUUUCAUGCUUAUCAAGAAUUUCUUAAAAGUUAUGACAACGAAAAGCUCUGCAAUUGCAGAAGUUAAUCACUACAAGCUUGACUUUCUUCGCAUUGUUUGCAGUCAUGAACAUUUCAUUGCGAUGAAUUUACCAUUUGGAACACCGUUUACAUAUAAUAAUUCAGCACCAUGUUCACCGACUCUAAGUAUAAAAUCAAGUAACAGCCAACAAUCGGCAAUAAGUUCUUCAGGUCCCACAAACCAAGAAAAAUCAGCAUUUGCCGAUCUUUCUGUGGAUUUCCGACAACAACACUUUCUUAUCGGUCUCAUGUUGACUGAGAUUGCACACGCUUUCGAGAUGCAAAACCAGUCAUUACAUGGCCGUGCGAUUCGUUGUAUUAAAAGCCUUAUGACCUCACAUGAAGUUGAUUUUCGCUAUAGGUCCAAGGAAGCUCGUUCAAGGAUUUCUGCUUUGUAUCUCCCGCUGUUAAAUAUCGUAAUGAAUGCUCCCUUGCACAACUUCAAGCAAGAGCAUUAUCUUCUCGAUGAUUAUCAAGGUUCAACAAAUGUUGGAGCAAUUAAUCCGGAAAUCUUUCAAGCCAUCUCUGGAAGUCAUCUUUAUACAAUAAACUCCGACAACAUGAAACAGGCUAAAGCUCAAUUAAACGAGAGUCACACCAAAGAUCUUUUACUUUGCUUCUUGUGGGUUAUUAAGAAUUUGGAGAAUUCUGUUCUAUUGAAGUUCAUAACAUGCCUACCGCUGCAAAAAGUCCACAGAUUCCUUCAAAUUCUCAACAAUUGCAUUCCUUGUUUUGAGUAUCAAGGAAGAGUUAGUAACAACAACGAACCGACAUCAGUUGGUCAAAAAAAAUCUCAAAGUUUCCGUAAAACGUCUGAUUUAAAAGAGAAACUUGAAGAUAUCAUUCGUGGAACUGGAUCUGCAAGAAACGAAUUAAUAAACCGUCGAAAAGAAGGAGGAAAUACAAAUGAAAAGUAUCGUUGGCGUAAAGAUCAGUUCUUCAAUAGACCAUCUCGAGAAGGAUCAGAAGCUUUUGGAAGAGAUUCGUUUGCUAAAUAUGAAGAACCAGAUGCAAUUUAUAUUGCUGGUUCAUUGGCUACAGAAAUUUCAUUAAUUAUAUUAGAUACAUUAGAAAUUAUCAUACAAGUAGCAUCGACAUGUGAAGUUCAUAACAAUUUAUUGGGUUCGGUAUUGAAGAUAUUGCUCCACGCACUAUCUCGCAAUCAAAGUGUUCAUGCUCUGAUGAAUCUUUUCGCAUCGCAAAGAUCCUUCGUAAAUAAGUUUCACAAUUUACUUUUUGAUGAAGAAAGUGAUAAUUGUGCUGAUCUUUGUCUGCUUCUUUUAAAACAUUGCGGAUCAUCAUUGUCAACUGUAAGAUCGCAAGCGGCUGGCUCUCUUUACUGUCUAAUGCGUCAGAAUUUUGAAUUUUAUGGAAAUAACUUUUCAAGAGUAAAAAUGUUGAUCACUAUUUCGCUUUCAUCUCUCGUGGGUGGAACAAACUUCGAUGCAACUUUCAGUGAAGCUUCACUUAGACGAUCUUUAAAAACUGUUUUAGUUUAUGCUGAAGAAGAAAAUCAAGAGUUACAAGAAACAACUUUCCCCGAACAAGUCAAAGAUUUGUUGUUUAAUUUGCACAUGAUUCUAUCUGACACUGUGAAGAUGAAAGAGUAUCAAGAAGAUCACGAAAUGCUACUUGACUUAAUGAAUAGGAUAGCAAAAGGAUAUCAAAAUUCUCCCGAUCUUCGACUUACUUGGUUGGAAAAUAUGUCAAAAAAACAUAUUGAACGAUCAAACUACACUGAAUCAGCCAUGUGUCAUAUUCACAUGUGCGCUCUUGUCGCAGAGUAUUUAUACAUGUUGGAGUCACAAACUUAUCUACCCAUCGGUGCUGUUUCUUUUCGACAUAUAACACCAAAUGUUCUCUCUGAAUCGGCAGUUUCUGAUGAUGUUUUGAGUCCUGGUGAUGACGGAAUUUGCAUGGGAAAUCGUUUUACUGAAGCGGGUUUGAAGAACUUAUUGGAAGUUGCUGCUGAAAAAUUUCAAAUCGCUGGAAUGUACGAAGCAAUGAAUAAUGUUUAUAAAAUUCUAAUUCCAGUUUUAGAACAUUCAAGAGAAUUUCAAAAGCUUGCAAAAGUUCAUGGAAAGUUACAGGAAGCUUUCAAUCGUAUCCAUCAACUAAGUGGAAAAAGAGUAUUCGCAACAUAUUUUCGUGUUGGAUUUUAUGGUCCCAAACUUGGUGAUCUAGAUCAAAACGAAUACAUUUAUAAGGAACCUCCGUUCACAAAACUUCCUGAAAUCUUUAACCGUCUUCAAAUGUUUUAUGAAGAACGUUUUGGAUCAGAAACUGUCGUUAUCAUAAAGGAUUCUAAUUUAGUUGAUGUUUCUUCAUUGGAUCCUGAAAAAAUAUAUAUACAAAUCACCUUUGUUGAACCAUAUUUUGAAGCGUUUGAGUUACGCCAGCGUGAAACUCAUUUUGAACGAAAUUUUAAUAUUAACCGUUUCAUCUUUUCAACACCUUUUACAAAAGCUGGAAAAGCUCAUGGUGAACUGCAUGAGCAAUAUAAGAGAAAGACAAUCUUAACGACAAAUAGUCAUUUUCCUUCAGUAAAAACCCGUAUUCAAGUCAUACACCGUCAACAACUCAUUCUGGAGCCUAUUGAGGUUGCAAUUGAAGAUAUUCAGAAAAAAACUGUCGAAUUAGCAGCAGCAACAAAUCAAGAACCAGCAGAUCCAAAAAUACUUCAAAUGGUAUUACAAGGUUGCAUCGGUACAACUGUUAAUCAGGGACCAAUGGAAAUGGCCCUUGUUUUUCUCUCAGGAAUUGCUGAUGGUCAGGUAGAAAUCACCAAAGAACAGAACAAACUUCGCCUUUGUUUCAAAGAUUUUACCAAAAAAUGUAAUGAUGCUCUCAAGAAGAACAAGAACCUUAUAAGUAAUGAUCAAAGAGACUACCAAAAAGAGCUGGAGAGAAAUUAUUUAAAGUUUACGGAACGUUUAAAUCCUCUGAUCAAUAUAACCCGUACAUAUCCGUUAAGGAUAAGCAGCAAUCGAAAUAACAACAAAUCUUAUUUAAGAUGGUAAUGAAAAUCUAAGCUCUUAGAUUAGAAACUUCAAUAAGAAGUUAAUUAUUUAAAAAAUUGAUUCAACAUUUAUAAACUAUUUGAGAUUCAAAAUGUAUUUAAUUAUAAGCUGAUCUUAUAUUAUUAUUAGUUUAAGUAACAUUUAAUCUUAGUAACAACUAAGACAUAUUUUAUGUGUGUCACUUGAUUUAAAUAUUCACGCACCUUUAAGCUAGAAACCGAUUCAUUCAUAAUUUUAUUAUCUUUGACUUUUUGCAAUCGUUUGAUAUUUAAGUCUUCUAGAUUAAGAUUUUUGAGUAUUUCUCUGAAUUGUACUGAGUCUUGCCCUGAUCUCUGCAAAUAAAAAAUAAUUUUUAUUU